GACGAGGCAGAGCUUGUCGUGGCGACGCUUCGUGCUGGUUUGUCGGAGAAGGGCAAGGCGUGGCUCCAGCAAGAGGUGGCGGCCAAAGCCCAACCUCAACUUCGCGCGCUCGCCCGACAGCUGGAUGUGCGCCAACGUGUCGCAGGCGGCAAAGUGACCAAGGCAGACCUAGCUGCCGCUGUCGUGGAGCAGCUGUGUUGCCAGGAGCCGAGCAGUUCUUCAACUCCUGCAGUCACAGUUGCGCGCUUGCGAGAAGUGGUAGCGGCCAAAGGAGAUCAGGGGCCUGCUGCGCUGCGGGCGCUGCUUCGCCCGCUUAAGCUUCGAGAUGCCAGCCCAUCGCUGACGGGCUUGGCCACAGAUCUCGGCGUCGAUGUCACGGGGCUGACGCGCCACGCCAUCAUCCAGCGAUUGGUAUUGACCCUGUGCCCUCUGACGUCGCCACUGCGCAGCGCUGAAGUCAAGCGUAAAUUCUGGCGGUGUCUCAAGAGACAUCGAGGCUCGGAGCAGGAGACUUUGGAAGCGCGGAUCGAAGUUACUCUGAAAAAGGAUCAAUGUGCUGAGUUUCGCCAUGGGUUGCUCGCAGUCUUCUUGGGCAUCACAGUGGAAGCGGUGGCUGGCCGACAUUUGUCAGCACGGGACGAGCUGCAGUUGUUGGACGCCAAACUGUCUGAAGCAGCGGCGUGUGUCUCAGACAUGGAGCAAUGGCUGCCGCAGUCUAUCCCGCCAUCGUGGACAGCCGCUGUGACACGCUUGCAGGAGACCACAAUGCCGCGUUUGUCUUGGCCCGCGCAGCGUGCUCUGCUUGCGGUUGUGUUGAAUGCUCGCUGGAAUGAGCGCAGAGGCGGGUGGGAGGGCUUGACCAAAAGUGGCUUCGAUUCGUUCUGGGGCGGGUUUGUUGUCUGGUAUGCGGCGCCAGGCUGGUGGCGUUUGGCUGGCGCUUCCGACUGUGCUGACCCCAUCGAUGUUGCUGAGCGGCUGUGGGCUUUGGCCACUCUGGAGCAGGAGGCGGCAUCGGAAGAGACAGAUGGCUUCAAGGAUCGCAGGGAAGC